GGGCGUCUCAUUGUGGUUGCUCUAGGCACACAGGUUUCGGCAGUUGUGGCACGUAGUUGUGGUUCUUGGGCUCUAGAGCGCAGGCUUAGUUGUGGUGCACAGGCUUAGUUGCUCUGCGGCAUGUGAGAUCUUCCUGGACCAGGGAUCGAACCUGUGUCCCCUGCAUUGGCAGGUAGAUUCUUAACCACUGUGCCACCAGGGAAGUCUAAGAGUGCACUUUUAAAUAGUAAUUUGGGUCAGAAAGUUAUUCAUGUUGCAGCCUGACCACAGUGAAUCUAAUUGGCAGCUCAACAUUUUCCCCUUUAUAGUCUUUACUCUUUUUGAGGCUUGUUUAAAUAGUCUUUAGUUUGAUAUGCUUUUUAAGUUUUAACGGUUGGUGCUUUCUUGGUAGUUUGUAGAAUGUAUAUUUUGAGGAACUUUAAAAUUCUGCUCUAAACUUAUCAAUCUGUUUCAGGAGAGCAUCGAAUGGGGGUUGAACAUCUUAGCAAUGCCCUUUUGGCGUGUGGGCAACCACAGGAACUUCUGAAAGUUUUCAAACACACACUUCCUCCCAAGGUAUUUGAGAUGCUGUUGCGCAAAAUUCCCCUUAUUUGCCAGUCCUCAAAGCGGUGAAAAUUUUGUUCUGAAGUUUUAUGGACUCAGAAGAAAAUUCUGUUCAGAAUUGUGGGACUAGUUUUGUUACCAAUAAUAUGAAAGCCUCUGAGUUUAGCCCGGAAAAGAGAAAAAAGGUUAAAAUACCAGCGAGGAGACUUCGUGAGGUAGUUUCUCCAAAUCAGGGAGAUAAUUUGGCCUUGCUGAAAGAUGAGUUGUCCCGUGUUCCUCCAGCGUUGUCGGCAAAUAAACGUCUUCCUGUUAGAACUGGGAAGAGCUUGAAUGGAACGUUAUGCGGUGCAUCAGACUUAACUUCUGCCAGAAAUUAUCAGCAGCCUCCAUUAGAAAAUCCCACUGUAUCAGAAAGUGAUUUUUCUAAAGAUGUUGCAGUGCAAGUGUUGCCUUUGGAUAAAACGGAAGAGAACAACAGACAAAAAGAAAAUGACAUCUUUAUUUCUCAGUACACUAUGGGACAGAAAGAUGCUCUAAGAGCAGCUUUAAAACAAAAGGCUCAAAGCAUGCCUGUUUUUAAGGAGGUGAAAGUACAGCUCUUAGAAGAUGCCGGCACAGAAAAGGACCCUAUUACUCAGGAGAACAGAACUUCACCCAGUGGAAUUGAUUCGGCUACAACUGUGGCUGCAGCAACUGCCGCCGCCAUUGCAACAGCAGCUCCACUGAUAAAAGUGCAGAGUGAGUUGGAAGCAAAGGUCAAUUCUGUUACAGAAUUACUCAAUAAAUUACAGGAGACUGAUAAACAGUUACAACGUGUUACAGAGCAGCAGACCAUUCAGAAUAAACAAGAGAAACUACACUGUCAUGAUCAUGAAAAGCAAAUGAAUGUGUUUAUGGAGCAGCACAUUAGGCAUCUUGAAAAAUUGCAGCAACAACAAAUAGACAUUCAGACUCAUUUCAUUAGUGCUGCACUCAAGACUAGUAGUUUUCAGCCUGUUACUCUGCCUCCUUCUAGAGCAUUGGAAAAGUAUUCUGUAAAACUAGACCAUUUGAAUUUUGGUAGCAGUAAUCUAUCUUCAGAUAACACCUUUGCUUCCAAACAAGCACCUUCAAGAGGGGUUGAAGAUAUGAAUUUGGAUAAACAGAAAUCUCCUUUGGAGACACCAGCACCUCGCAGAUUUGCACCUGUACCUGUUUCAAAGGAUGAUAAAAUAUCAAAGAGGGAGAAUCACAUGGAAGAAAAAGAAAAUAUGGAGAUGUCACAUCAUACAGGAAAUGUAGGAUUCUUGGAACAAAUUUUGAAUAACCAUGAUUCUUUGACAAGGAUAAGUGAAUCUUUAGACAAAAACUCACUAACUAGAUCAAAAAUAGGAUGGAAUCCUGAGAGGGGAAACAGCAUUGAUACUCUAUGCACUCAAAGAUUUCCUUCCUAUGAGGAACUAGGAACAGCUAAAGUGACUGUGCAAAAGUCUGAUGAUAGUCUUCACUGUCUUGGCCAAAAGAGGAAGGAAACAAAUGGCGUACUCCAGCCAAAAGAAUCUCGGAUUGUGUCAGGACUUGCGGAUCUUCCACAGAAUUCCAUUAAGCUUCAGGUAACCAAUACGAAAUCCAUAUUGAAAGAUGCUGAGAAGAUUUUGAGAGGAGUACAAAACAAUAAAAAAGUACUUGAAGAAAACCUGGAAGCUAUUAUUCGUGCAAAGGAUGGAGCUGCCAUGUAUUCGUUUAUCAGUGCUCUGUCUACCAACAGAGAGAUGUCAGAGAAGAUUCGGAUCAGAAAGACAGUAGAUGACUGGAUUAAAACUAUUUCUGCAGAAAUUCAAGAUGAACUGGCAAGAAAAGAUUAUGAACAAAAGAGAUUUGAUCAGAAGAAUCAAAGGACCAAGAGAGCUCAGAACAUGAGUAAAGAUAUUAAAACCAACACACAAGAGAAAACUGUAAAUAACUCUGUAAUUGCAAGAAAACAUUCUCAAAAACAAAAAGAGGAGCAUCUUAGAAAUCCAACUACAAGGAGCAUGCCUGCUUCAAGCUUACAGAAAGAGAGGAAAGAAGGAUUUUUGAAAGCAACCACAGUGGUACAAGAGAAGGAUUAUAUGUUACAAAUCUAUGGAAAACCAGUUUAUCAGGGUCAUCGCAGCACUCUUAAAAAAGGACCAUAUCUCAGAUUUAAUUCUCCAUCUCCUAAGUCCAGACCACAGAGACCAAAAGUAAUAGAACAAGUUAAAGGUACUAAGGUAAAGUCAAUAAGAACACAAACCGACCUUUAUGCAACAAAACCUACAAAGAUGGAUUCUAAACUGCAACAUUCCAUCACUACACUGUCUCCUGGUGAUCAGCAGUAUUUGUUCAGCCCAAGCCGGGAAAUGCCUACUUUUUCAGGUACCCUGGAAGGUCAUCUAAUUCCUAUGGCAAUUCUUUUAGGACAAACCCAAAGUAAUAGUGAUUCUGUGCCACCUGCUGGAGUAAUUGUAAACAAGCCACACCCUGUAACAGUGACUACUUCUAUUCCACCAUCAUCUCGAAAAACAGAAAUUGGAGUAAAGAAACCUAACAUAGCAGUUGUAGAAAUGAAAUCGGAAAAAAAGGAUCCUCCUCAACUUACUGUUCAGGUAUUACCCAGUGUAGAUAUUGACAGCAUUUCAAACGGUAGUGCUGAUAUUGGUCUCUCUCCGUCUAGUCCCAAAGAAGCAUCUUCUCCUACUCCACUGAAAACCUGGAUACAGACUCCAGAAUUUACAAAGGCAGAUGAAGAAGUGGUGAAGUUUCCAGGAACUAACUUCGAUGAAGUAAUCGAUAUCAUACAGGAAGAGGAAAAAUGUGAUGAAAUUCCGGAAUACUCUGAACCAAUUCUGGAGUUUAACAGAAGUGUUAAAGCUGUUUCUACAAAAUAUAAUGGCCCUCCAUUUCCACCAGUUGCUUCUACUUUUCAUCCCACUACUGAUGUUCUGGAUAAAGUAAUUCAGAGAAAAGAAACAUUGGAAAAUAGCUUAAUUCAGUGGGUAGAACAAGAAAUAAUGUCAAGAAUGAUCUCUGGGCUCCUUCCAAUCCAACAGCAGUCCACAGCUAACGUCAGUGUCUCUGGCAGUGAGGCCAGUGAGCCACUGACUUCUGACAUGGUGGAAGGAACAAGCAGUGGUGCCCUCCAGGUUUUUGUUGAUGCCGGAGUUCCUCUGAAUUCAGACAUUAUUAGGCAUUUUGUGAAUGAAGCUCUUGCUGAAACCAUUGCUGUCAUGCUGGGUGACAGAGAAGCAAAGAAGCCAAAUCCUGUUGUUACAAGUUUUUCUGGGGAUGUUUCAACAAGCAAAACACACUUGCCGGCAGGAGUGUGUACCCCGGUGGCUACCCCACAGCCAACUCCUCCCCGCUCACCUUCAUCACCUCCUGAGGAGCGUGUGUUAGUGAAAACUCCAGAUUCUUCUCCCUGUGUCUCAGAUCAUGAUGUAGCUUUUCCCGUGAAAGAAAUAUUUGCUGAAAAAGGAAGUGAAAUGCCUGCCAUCACGCUUGUUAAUACUCCAACCAUUACUCCUACAACUACACCUCCUCCUGCAGCAGCUCUUACCCCAGCUUUGUCAGAGACUUCUAUUGAUAAAUUGAAGGUGUCAAGCCCAGAGCUUCCCAAGCCGUGGAGUGAUGGAGACCUGCCACUGGAAGAAGAGAAUCCCAACUCUCUUCAAGAAGAACUUCACCCGAGAGCCAUUGUAAUGUCUGUGGCUAAGGAUGAAGACCCUGAGAGCGUGGACCUCCCUGCUCAGCCUGCACCUCCAGAGCCAGUUCCCCUUAUGCCGCUUCCUGCUGGCACCAAGGCCCCUUCCUCCAUACAGAUGCCAAGUUCAGAUUCAUCAACAAUGGAGAGUACUUUGAGUGUUACUGCCACUGAAACUGAAACCUUAGAUAGACCCAUCUCAGAAGGAGAGAUUUUAUUUAACUGUGGUCAAAAAGUGGCUCCUACGAUUUUAGAUGAAGGACUGUAUCUGACAAACCUAAAUGAUAGCUUAUCCAGUACUCUGCAUGAUGCCCUUGAAAUGGAGGAUGAUCCUCCCAGCGAAGGACAAGUGAUCAGGAUGCCCCAUAAAAAAACUUACACGGAUGCAGUUCUUUCUCUUCUUGCUAAACAAAACCAGGAAUCGUUAGUUUCACAGCAAGCGUUCUAUCAUUCAGAGGACUUGGAAAACAGUGUGGGUGAACUUAGUGAAGGACAAAGGCCCAGGCUGACAGCAGCAGCAGCAGAGAACAUCUUAAUGGGACAUUCCGCCUGUAUGCAGCAGCCUGUAACUAAAGCAGAAUCUUCGGAUCAAAAAUGUGCUCCUAAGCCAUUGUCUCAGCAGUGUGACACAGUUACAGAUGGUAUCUGUGAAGAUUUAUGUGCUAGUCAUGGUCCAAUGAGUUUGGGAGAAUUGGAGUUGCAGCCAGAUCCUCACCUUGCUCUUCCCACAACAGUUCUGACAGCACAAGAAAAUGAUGUAAAAUUAUCAGUAGCAGCUGAAGAUUUUCCUCAGUACCAACAAAAGCAAGACCAGGAUGUUAAGCAAGUUGAACACAAGCCAGUUCAAACUCGUUUAAUACGUGUAAGAAAUAAAUCUGAUCUUUCACUUUCACAGCAGCAAGGCGAUAUGGAUCAGACACAGAUUGAGCCCAGUCUGUACCUCGCAUCUGUAUUUACAGGUGGUAAAGCAGUUCCACUCUUCACUUCGCAGACAUCACCUGCCAAGAUGUCUGUGACACUACCCUCAGUGAACCUGGAGGACUGCUCUCAGUCUCUGAGCAUCAGCACUGUCCAAGGGGACACAGAAUCCUCAGGAGCAGAUACCUUCUAAUGUGAAGUGAGAGCCAAUACAAUAUUUGUGCUGCUGGUUUUGAGUUCAUUUUUCUCUGGCAUAAAACCAUCUCUUAGAUGGUUUUGCUCCUUCAACAUAUUAAAAAAAAUAAUUUUUUAUUAAAAUGGGAAGUGUAAUUUGGGUAUUUAGGUAACAUUUUUAAAUAAAAUAAUUUAAAUGGA